ACUGUGUUGAGCGUCUGAAGCCGUUGGCUUCGAACCGCCUGGCUCUGUAUCUUAUCUAUUAGCGUUAACAUGUUAAUUAAUUUCCUUGAUAUAUCAAUUUAGCAAUCUUUGGAAAGAGAUACCAUAGUUUAGCUUUAACACGUGGAUUACAGCGGAAACCAUCUAUCAAAACAUUUCAGACAAAAUUGCUGAGUUCCUCCUCUGGACGGUGGAGCAAUGAGCUUCUGAAAGACACUUGAUCACAUGGCUCCCAUUCCCUUCGCUGACCCCAUGGUUUGACCACCAGGAUUAAAAAUGAGCAUUAGCAGUGAUGAGGUCAACUUCCUGGUGUACAGAUACCUGCAAGAGUCAGGCUUCUCCCACUCGGCGUUCACCUUUGGCAUAGAAAGCCACAUCAGCCAGUCCAACAUCAACGGAGCCCUGGUUCCCCCUGCUGCCCUGAUCUCCAUCAUCCAGAAGGGCCUGCAGUACGUGGAGGCAGAGGUCAGCAUCAAUGAGGAUGGCACUCUGUUUGACGGGCGGCCCAUUGAGUCGCUGUCUCUGAUCGACGCUGUGAUGCCUGAUGUGGUGCAGACACGGCAGCAGGCCUACCGGGAAAAGCUGGCCCAUCAGCAGCAGGCAGCCGGGGCUGGCAGCGCCAGUGGCACCCAGGGCCCCCAGCCUGGCGGCGCUAAGAACGGAGAGGGGGGAACCGCUGCCAACGGCGAGGAGAAUGGCGCCCACGCCUUAGCCAACCACCAUGCAGACAUGAUGGAUGUGGACGGGGACGUGGAGAUCCCCCAGAACAAGGCCAUGGUGCUGCGAGGCCACGAGUCCGAGGUGUUCAUCUGUGCCUGGAACCCCGUCAAUGACCUGCUCGCCUCCGGGUCUGGGGAUUCAACGGCGCGGAUCUGGAACCUGAGUGAGAACAGCACAGGCAGCUCCACCCAGCUGGUGCUGAGACACUGCAUACGGGAGGGGGGCCAGGACGUACCCAGCAACAAAGACGUCACCUCACUGGACUGGAAUAGUGAGGGUACGCUGUUAGCCACAGGCUCGUACGAUGGCUUUGCCAGAAUAUGGACUAAAGACGGGGACCCCUUUGUGUGGCUCAAGAGCAACCUCGAAGGCAAAAGUAACCUCGCCAGUACCUUAGGCCAGCACAAGGGUCCUAUAUUUGCCCUCAAAUGGAAUAAGAAAGGCAACUUUAUCCUCAGUGCAGGAGUAGAUAAGACCACCAUCAUUUGGGACGCUCACACAGGGGAGGCCAAGCAGCAAUUUCCCUUUCACUCAGCGCCGGCCCUGGACGUUGACUGGCAGAACAACAACACGUUUGCCUCCUGCAGCACGGACAUGUGCAUCCAUGUGUGUAAGCUGGGCCAGGACCGGCCUGUCAAGACCUUCCAGGGACACACGAAUGAGGUGAACGCUAUCAAGUGGGAUCCUACGGGGAGUCUGCUGGCCUCCUGCUCCGACGACAUGACACUCAAGAUCUGGAGUAUGAAGCAGGACUUGUGUGUCCAUGACCUGCAGGCUCACAGUAAGGAGAUCUACACCAUCAAGUGGAGCCCCACGGGGCCUGGGACCAACAACCCCAAUGCCAAUCUGAUGCUGGCCAGUGCGUCGUUUGACUCGACUGUGCGCCUGUGGGACGUGGAGCGCGGCGUGUGCAUCCACACGCUCACCCGCCACCAGGAGCCCGUCUACAGUGUGGCCUUCAGCCCCGACGGGCGCCACCUGGCCAGCGGCUCCUUCGACAAGUGUGUCCACAUCUGGAACACACAGACGGGUGCUUUAGUUCACAGCUACAGGGGAACGGGGGGCAUCUUCGAGGUGUGCUGGAACGCCACGGGAGACAAAGUUGGAGCCAGCGCGUCGGACGGAUCGGUUUGUGUAUUAGACCUGAGGAAAUGACGCUCGUUUGGGGAGCCAUGGACCGACUACGAAUGUGUACAUAGCCAAAAUGACUGUCCCGGUCUGUCGUCUACACUGCUGUAGUCCCAUCAGAAGCCAUGGCCCGCCAUCACAACCACCACCACCAUUACCAUCACAGCCAAACAGAGCGCCCCAACACCCCCAUAAACACACAGACUACCCCUCCAGAAAAGAGGUCAAACUAACCCCCAGCAAAGGGGAUCUGGACUUCCCUCAAGUCAGACUCAGACCCACAGGAGAGAAAAAUGACUAUUACGGUCACCGAGACAAAAAUCACCUGAAGAGAAGAGGACCCAUUGCAUACAUACCAAAAUAUCUGAAAUGUUUUGUUUUCUUUAUUUCUUUUUAUCCUUUAUACCAGAAAUGAGAAAUGUAAAGCUUUUUUUCCCAUGUCGUUGGUGUGUGCAUAUUGUACAUGUCCACAUUUUUUGUCGUCCUGUAUCCACUUUGUUUUGCUUUUGGGGUUUACUUAUUUUGCCGUAGGUUUGUGUUACAUGUUGAGAGAGGUAAGGUCAGUAGGAUUUUUGUUUUCUUUUAUAAUUUGGAUUUCAAACUGUUAUUGGGAGAACUCCAUUCAUUUUGGCACUGUACAUACAUGUUUUUGUGGUUCAAGAAUACAUUGAACAACAAAAAAUAUAUAUUUCUAAAGUUGAAAUGGGUUAAUUUGUUUUCAAUUCUGUUGGUCGUUCUGCUUUUUUUCAGUUGACCUAAAUCCUUUUAUUUACAUUUUUUGGGGGAGAGCAGUUAGUGGGGAGGAAAGGUGCCAUACGCAUACUUGUUCUUCUUAUUACCUUUAGAAAUGGUUUCAGAUGUGCAAAACUGUUAGCUUAAUAGAUCUCUGAGAAUUCGAAUAACCUCUUGGACUUAAAGAUCAUCACUGCAGCUACUAGAAAGCCCUGUCCUCUUACAUUCUAACUACAUGUGAUGUUAGAUUUUGAGUGCUAUUCACAAUAUGUUGUUCCUCCUCAGUCCAUCGCGUGCUAAGCUAACCAAUGCUAAAUGAUAAUCAGACUAAGCCAUCACUAAGUUCUUGCUUUGUUUUGUUGCCCGGUCUUGCUUGGUAAUUAAUCUGGACAUACUGUAUCUGUCUUGAUUUCAGCAGUAACACUUGCGUAGAGAGUUGUGUACUGUACAUAGGACCUUCGUAGCACC